AGAAAAACAGGCAGCCAAUAGGUGAACAAAUGCAAAAUGUUUUUUGUUUAGUCUUAACGUGGUGAAGUACACGCCAAAAAUAAUUGAAAAAACAACACACGACCAUUCAUUUAUGUUCUUAUAUUGUUGUAGUACUAGGAAUACGAAGAGACAGACAGAAAAAGAAUCAUCAUGGCUGGUGGAAUAAAACAUAAUUCACAAACCCCAUUACUGGAAGCAACAUUUUCUGGCUCUUCUGAUACAAAUGUUGUAUACUCAGAUAUUGAGAAAAAGGGCACAACAUGGAGUGCAGUGGCCCAUAUUAUAACAGGGCUGAUAGGGGCUGGGGUGUUAUCACUUGCGUGGAGCGUAGCACAAUUAGGAUGGAUAGCUGGUCCAAUGGCUCUUCUGUUCUGUGCAGCAGUUACCCUAUUUGCAACUACCAUACUUUGUGAUUGCUACAAAUCUCCAGAUUCUGAAUUUGGCCCUACCACAAACUGCUCUUUACUGGAAGCUGCAAGAUUUUACUUUGGUAGGUUACUGUUCAAUGAAUUUUUAUUACCACGGUAG